CGUGACCCUUCUUUUAGUAUUUGGUUCUUUUUGAAAGAUGAUUUGUUAGGUGUUUCUAGGCCUCUAGCCAUCUUGUAUCUCACCAAAAAAAAAUAUAUUACCAGCUGUUUACACCAAAUUAAAUAGUAAAAAGAAAGCAUCAAUGGCUUUAAAAACACAGUUGUUGUGGUCAUUUGUUGUUGUUUUUGUUGUUUCCUUCAGUACAACUUCAUGUUCUGGUAGUAGUUUCCAGGAGGUCAACGCGCUUCAUAGUUACGUUGACCAUGUUGAUGAUAAAGAGUCCGGCUAUAAUUCUAGGGCUUAUCCUUCAUACACGGACACCAUAGAAGGUUUAAAGUUCAUGGAAUUGAUCAGGCCAAGAACUCAGCUCUUCAGUUCAAGGAAGCUCAACACAAUCACCGGUGGGAUAGCAACAUCAUCAGCUCCGGCCAAAACCAUUAGCGUCGACGAUUUUGGAGCUAAAGGGAAUGGUGCUGAUGACACACAGGCAUUUGUGAAGGCAUGGAAGGCAGCUUGUUCUUCCAGUGGAGCUAUGGUUCUUGUGGUACCACGGAAGAACUAUCUUGUUAGGCCGAUUGAAUUCUCAGGCCCAUGCAAAUCUCAACUUACACUGCAGAUUUAUGGAACCAUAGAAGCAUCAGAAGACCGAUCAAUCUACAAAGACAUAGACCACUGGCUCAUCUUUGACAAUGUCCAAAACUUGCUAGUUGUUGGUCCUGGAACCAUCAAUGGCAAUGGAAACAUCUGGUGGAAAAACUCAUGCAAAAUAAAACCUCAGCCCCCUUGCGGUACAUACGCCCCCACAGCUGUGACCUUCAACAGGUGCAAUAACUUGGUGGUGAAGAAUCUGAAUAUCCAAGACGCACAACAAAUCCAUGUCAUAUUCCAAAACUGCAUCAACGUUCAAGCUUCCCGUCUCACGGUAACUGCACCAGAGGACAGCCCUAAUACGGACGGAAUUCAUGUGACAAAUACCCAGAACAUCACUAUCUCGAGCUCGGUUAUAGGAACAGGUGAUGACUGUAUUUCUAUUGUGAGUGGGUCCCAAAGAGUUCAAGCCACAGACAUUACUUGUGGACCAGGCCAUGGAAUCAGUAUCGGUAGCUUGGGAGAAGACGGCUCAGAAGAUCAUGUUUCAGGAGUAUUUGUGAAUGGAGCUAAGCUUUCAGGAACCUCCAAUGGACUCCGGAUCAAGACGUGGAAGGGAGGCUCAGGCAGUGUAACCAACAUUGUUUUCCAGAAUGUGCAAAUGAACGAUGUCACCAACCCCAUCAUCAUCGACCAGAACUACUGUGACCACAAAACCAAAGAUUGCAAACAACAGAAAUCGGCGGUUCAAGUGAAAAAUGUGUUGUACCAAAACAUAAGAGGAACGAGUGCUUCCGGCGACGCGAUAACGUUGAACUGCAGCCAAAGUGUUCCUUGUCAGGGGAUCGUGCUGCAAAGUGUUCAACUGCAGAAUGGAAGAGCUGAAUGCAACAAUGUUCAGCCUGCUUACAAAGGAGUUGUCUCCCCUAGAUGUUAA